UAAACAGUUGGGUUACAGUUAAAUUGCAGGGCCAGGGUGCAAUUGCAAUUGCGAUUGCAAUUGCAGGUUCAAGGUGUGAAUCGGCUGUCAGCAGUGCUAACUGGCCGGGUGAAACCGAAAACGAAACGGAAAAUGCCCAGCACACACAGUCGUUUGCACCAUAAUUGGGGCUCGGGUGAGAGCCACCGACAGUGGACAUCCUCCAGUAGAAAUCGCACCUGCAGUCGCAACUGCCACCCAGUGAGCAUGGCCAGGUUAAAGAGUGGCCACUUGAUUUUCCUCCUCUUGAUCUGCCUAAUCAACUCGGCCGCCGAAGCGGAUGGAACGGCUCGGAAUGGUCGUCUUGGUCGCCAUCUCUCCACCACGCCGCUGAGCCGCCUGGAAUUGGAAACGGAGGCCGUCGAGGAGCAGGAGGCGGUCAACGAGUCCCCGACGGAAUCCCCAGCGGAGUGGACGACGACGGAACUGCCGCCGGAAGGAGAGUGGCAGCCCGUGGUGAAUGCCACCGAUAUUCCGGGCAGGAAGCAGACGGAUAAAGCGGCCCCUGGCGACUCGCUGCUCCUCCGCCUGGCCAGGCGCUUCACUAGUGGAAACGAGCUCUGGGACGGCCUUGUCCGCGAUUGCUAUCUGAAGCCAGACGUCUCCUGUUUCCAGAAGAACGUCUAUAGCUACCUGGAUGGCGCCUUGGAUGCCCAGGAUGUCAAUGUGACGCAACGACUCAAGUUCUUCAAGAACGAAGUGGACUACAAAGUGGAAAAGGAGAAGGAGGAGCACUCGGAGGCACGUGCCGCAGCUAGUGCGGAAACCCCCAUCGAGGAAGUGACCAGCGCUCUGUAUGGCAAGAGCAUCAAGUUCGCCAUGACCCACGAUCUGGAGGUGGAUCUGCCCGAGGUUAUGUUCAAUGGGGCCACUUUUCGUAUCUCGCCGCGAGCCAUCGAAGGCAACGGAAUCAUCGCCAAGCUGGAGCUGAUUCCCAAACAGGUAGUCAAGGCCCGACUGGCCGGGGCGAUAAUCCAGAAGAAGAUACAAAAAUUUCUACGCAGCAAACUGGUGCUGUCGUUCCUCGCACUGCUGCUGAUCAUCAAAAUCAUCAAGAUCAAGUUGUUCUGGCUGCUGCCAAUCGUCAUCGGAGUCGGGGCGGCCAAGAAACUACUGCUCAAGUUCCUGCUCUUCCUGUUCCCGGCGCUGUCGCAUCUCUUCAAGCUCUGCUCGCACUACCAGCAAUCCUAUCACGCACCAGCCAAGUACCACCACCACCAUCACCUCAUCGAUCAUCACCACACGGUGGUUCCCCCUUGGCACAGCGGAGAGCACCACUCGGGUCCGGUUCCCGAAAUCAUCUACACCCACCCGCCCAAGGGUCACCCGUCCGCCUAUCUCCACGGAGCGCCGGUGCACGAGAGCUACGGCCCCGGGUUCGAGCACUUCGAGGGGGCCUGGGAGAACAGUGGACCGGGCUUGGGCUCCGAAUACAUAGGCGAUAUAAAUCGCGUUGCACAGAUAGAGGAGAAUGCGCAUUACUUUAAGCCCCACCCGGCGAAUGACGCCGGGGUCCUGCAUGCUUGGGGCCUGGGCACCACACAGGCACACCAGCAACACCAGAUUCAGGCACAGGCACACCAGCAACAUGCGACACACCAGCAGCAACACCAACGUUGGCCUGCCACCCAGCAGGCGAGGCCGCCCACCCAGCCAAAGCAGCAGUCGCAACAGCAACAGCUUCAGCUUCAGCAGCAGCAACAGCUCAAGCUUCAGCUGCAACAGCAAUUAAGUGCUCAGAAAACUCAAGCCUCUAGUCACAGUUUAAACCCAUUUCAAAGUCAGGACAAACAAAGCUCCAGGCCGGCACACACGCAGCACCAUCCGGUGUUCGUUCCGGGACAGGGCCCCGGACUGGGACCGGGUCCCCAUCCGCCGCCAAGUGGGCCCGGACUCACGGCAGCAGCGCAAAUUGCCGCGCAGUAUGAUCCCGCGCGCAAUAAUCAGCAGCACAACCAGGCGGUGCAGGAGCCCCAACUUUCGCCCGAACUAGCCGCCCAGCUGAAGGAGGCCAUCCGCAUUCAGGCCGAGCAGCGCCUCAUCCAGCAGCAGCAGAAGAUACUGGAGCACCAGCCAUUUGUACAGGACGGACAGCCGCUGUAUCCGCUCAACUACGACCCCUUCUACAGUCCCAUCCUGCUGAAAAUCGACAAAAUCGUCGAGCAGCUGGGCGUGAAGAACGACCUCUGCAAGGAGCGCAUCGUGUGCAGCAUGUACAAGGACCCGGCCACCUACAGUCCGCACAGCAACUUCAUCUCCGCGGAGCUGAGUCGCGAUACCAGCGAACUGGAGCCCGUAACGCAUGCGAAUGAGGCAGUGCGUCGUUUUUACCGACUAAUUCAGGCUGCCCGGGAUGGCCAGGAUCAAAAGGACUGCCAGAGCCUGUAUCCACAGUGCACCAUGCCGGCCAAGUGAGCCGGAGGUCCCAAAUCUUGGAGAGCGUGAGACGUUGGGCGAAAACGAGCAACUUUGAGUCAACUUUUACUUGUUAAAAACCGAACUGUAAAUAGGAUAAAAGAGCUAGGCUAAGCAUAAUUUAUUUGUUAAACUCGUAUUUAUUUAUUUAUUUAUUGUAGUCUAAUGGUUCGCCUAUUUAAUGUCAAAUGAAGCUCAUCGGUCACUCAACCGCUGCAUUAAUAUUCAUUCUGAUUUUGUUCACUGUUUCACUAAAAUCGGCUGCGGUCAGAACACUUUUUAAAUUUCCCACACACACACGUGAAUGGCUCACAAAUAAUUCACUGGUAAUUUACUAAAAAUACGAUAUAAUGAAAUCAGAAUAUUUAUUAAUUGCCGGUCAGACGGGUGCGGCUGAAAAUUCAAUUAGUCAAUAUGCAAAAAUUGUUAUUAGAGAAGAUUUGUCGCCAGCACAUGAAAUGGUAAAUAAAGUGAAAUUGUGUUAAA